AUGAUGCUCAAGAACGUUGUGUUUUUGGCUGCGGCCGUUGCCGCUCAAACUUCCAUGGCACCUACCAAUUCGACAACAGCUGCCGUUCCGACCUCAACCGUUUUCGACGAGGGUGUCCCUACUGAUCAACCUAUCGCUGGUGAUUACAGUGGUGUAUGGAGACCACAAGUCCAUUUUUCGCCUCCUACUGAGUUCAUGAAUGAUCCCAAUGGAAUGUUCGUUGAUGCCAAUGGAACUUACCAUCUUUACUACCAAUACAACCCAACUGCGACCGUGGCAGGAAAUCAACACUGGGGCCAUGCCACCUCUACGGAUCUUUACCAUUGGCAGAAUCAAAAGAUUGCUAUCUUUGCUACAGAGAACUCUCAAAUCUUCUCCGGAUCAGCAGUCAUUGAUGUCAACAACACAUCAGGCUUCUUUCCAAAUCAAGAUAAUGGCGUAGUUGCAAUCUACACUCUUAAUACUCCAUAUGCUCAAGUUCAAGAGAUUGCUUGGUCAAUUGAUGGGGGCUAUACAUUCGAGAAGUACUCUGGAAACCCGGUAUUAGAAUUGUCUCCCAACUCUACACAAUUCAGAGAUCCAAAAGUUGUCUGGUAUGAAGAUCAUUGGGUUAUGGUGAUUGCAUAUUCUCAAGAAUUCGUGAUUGGAGUCUUUACCUCUCCAGAUUUGAAAGAAUGGACUCAUGCUUCCAACUUUUCUCAUCAUGGCCUUCUCGGUCUUCAAUACGAAUGUCCUAAUCUCGUCCAAAUGCCGGUGGAAGGCGGCGACCCAAUGUGGGUUCUGACCAUCUCCAUCAACCCAGGCGCACCUCUCGGCGGUUCAAUCACAGAAUACUUCCCAGGCACCUUCAAUGGCACGCACUUCACCGCCGUUGACGCAGCUGCCAGACUGGGCGACUUCUCCAAAGACAACUACGCCGGUCAAUUCUUCUACGGCAUCCCUCCAACCGAAGAACAAAUUUACAUUGGCUGGGCCUCGAACUGGGAAUACAGUCAGGUGGUUCCCACCGGCCAAUCUGAAGGCUGGCGCUCGGCCAUGACCGUUCCAAGACGUACCAAACUCGCAAACGUUACCCGCGUAGGCUGGAACAUGAUGGAUCAACCUUACGACCUAAGCCCUAUCCUCGACAGCCCACUCGCUACCAACGACUCCCUCGGUAACGGCUCCAUCUUUAUCGACUACUCCUCCCUCGACUCAAAAGCAAUCUACUUCCAAUGCAAUGUCUCCUCCAUACCCAACGGCACUUACUCCAUGGGAACCCUUAACUUCACCUUUUCGUCCUCACAAACACAAGAAUCCGUCUCCGGAGGCUUCUUCUUCGGUGGCGACAAUCCGUUCUGGAUGAACCGCGGUAAAGUCCUCGGAUUCGGCGAGACCAAUCCGUUUUUCACGGAUAAAUUCUCUGUUGGAAAUCCAAUUAAUGCGAAUGGAACGUUUGUGCUCGAGGGGAUCAUCGAUCGUAGUAUUCUUGAAGUAUUCUUGGAUCAAGGGAGAGCAGUGGGGACGAUGACGUUUUUCCCAGAGGGGGUUUUAGAUACGAUGGUGCUUAAGACAGCGGGCUUGAAUGAGGGUGUGGUGGUUAGUGUGGCUGUUUGGGGGUUGAAGAGUGCGUGGGCGGAGUAUGAGAAUGAGGAGGGGAUUGUGAUGGGGAAUGUUACGAGUGCUAGUAAUAGUACGCAGGCUAUGAGGAGGAAUUUGGGUGCGAGGUUGUAUUGA